CCCCGUGGCGCAUGCGCGCUGUGCGGACGCGGGGGGUGUCCGGCCCGCGGCGAUCGUUCCCCGGCGGAGGCAGCACCGGCGCGGGCAGCGGGAAGCUCGUCCGUCAGCGAGAGCGGCUGGGGGAACGGGCCGCCCCCCGGGCUGCCCCCGGCAUGGAGCGCUGCUGGGGCCGCCCCCCUCGCCGGGCCCGGCGCGCCCCCGGCCUCUGCCUGCGGCGCCGCCCGCGGGGCCUGUAGGGGCGGCCGCGCCGCGCCUGGCCGGGGGGAGCGGCGGCAUGAGGAGCCGCUGCGGCCGCCGGCAGUGAAUGGGCGUCGCGGCGGAGCGGGAGGAGCCGGAGCCGCCGCCCCGAUGGCUCAGGAGAAAAUGGAGCUGGACCUGGAGCUGCCGCCGGGGAGCGCCGCGGCCCCGAGCGACGGGGGCGGCCUGAGGAGAUCGAACAGCGCCCCCCUCAUCCACGGGCUCAGCGAUAAUUCACAGGUGUUCCAGGCUAACAUUUUGCGAACCCGCAGGAACAGUACCACAGUUAUGAAUCGUCAUAGUCUGCUUGUGCCAUCAUCUCCUAUCCGUAUUCCAAGCAGCCGGCUUCAUCAAAUUAAACAGGAAGAAGGAAUGAAUUUGAUGAACAGAGAAACAGUACAUGAAAGAGAAGUGCAAGUAGCAAUGCAGAUGAGCCACUCAUGGGAGGAGAGCUUGAGCCUGAGCGACAAUGAUUUUGAAAAAUCAUCAUCACCAAAGCAAGUAGACUUUGUCCCUGUUUCUCCAGCUCCUUCACCUACCAGAGGAAUAGGGAAGCAAUGUUUCUCACCAUCUUUGCAAAGUCUGGUGAGCAGCAGUGGGUUACCUCCAAGUCCUAGCCCAAGUCCAACAAGGCGAUUUUCAAGCAGGAGAAGCCAGAGUCCAAUUAACUGCAUUCGACCAAGUGUUCUCGGAUCAAUAAAAAGAAAAGGUGUAACAGAGAUAGAAGAUCAUCCAAAAAGAUUAUUCCAAGGAUCCACCAACAUGCUCACCCCUGAAGCAUCACAUCAGGCCGACCUUGGGGGAUGUCUCUCGUCACACGCUCUCGAUGACAACAGAAGCAGCGCAGGCUCUUCCUGUGACUCACCAGCUGAAGUCGGCACCAAUACAGACUCUCCCGUCUCGCUCCCUGACUCCAGAUCUUUUUUACCAGUAGAUCUUACGGCUAAGUUACCUAUUAAUUGAGGAGGAGAAGUCUGUGAAUGGACACCAAGAAACAGGCUGGUUAAUCAAUAAGACUUUCUGUUGUGCGUAACUGAUUCUGUUCCUCAUAGGAACUUCCAGAAAUGUCAUUAUUUCUAGAAAACUUCCAGAAUAGUUCCUUGAGGAGGAAUUAGCGUUUCUAGUGAUUUGUAUGACAUUUACUAAAAUACAAUAAGCAUUUGAAUUGCAAACAUAUUUGAUGCUAACAUGAGUAAGCAAGCUCUUGAUUUACAAUGGAUGUCGUCUCGUUGGCUGUACGUUACAAAUGCCGUGUGCACAUUCCGCUUGUGGAAGACUUGGCUUUCCAUUGGCCAACAGGCAGCGUCUUCACUAGUAUCAAGUGAUGCUUAUGAAGUAACAGAUAAUUUUCAUGUUUAUCUUUAGUCUGAAACCAAUGAAGCAUUUUACUAAUUUGGCUUUAUUCCCUGGGUAUUAGAUAUUUAUAUUUUUGAUUCUUCAUAUGAAAGCGGGAAUAUGGGGGAGGGGGAUUGAUUCUUGUGUUCUGUUAUCUAUUAUGAUUGGCUGUUAAUUCUGUGUUCUAAUAGAUGUCAAAAGAACAAAUUGGUGAAUUGUCAACUUGAAUUUAUACAUUGAAUUCUAUUUAUGAUCAUGACUGCUGUUCUGACCAAAUCCAAAUUAGGUGUGGAACAUUCUUCUGGGGUUUUGUAAUGUGUUGGUUUUUUUUUCCUUCCCCAUUUAGGUGACAUAUUAGAGUGGUAGAUGCUCUAUUAAACGUCUUUUAAUAGGAAAAAUAGUAAUAAUGUUUGGAAUAAAACAUUAAAUCCUCAGAUUUUUGUAUUUAGGAAUUCAGAAAUGCAUUCUUUUAACAGACAGUAUUUGUCCUCAUAUAUGACUUUUGUUGGACAAAUACAGCGAGGAAUCUUGAAUGCAUUUUUACAGGCUGAGGCGAUCAGACGCUUAAUCUGUGUCUAAUCUCAUGGCAUCACUUCCUCAAACAAUGGCAUCAAGUUAUUUCUGUUGUUGAAAACUGGAGAUGCUAUUGGAAGCCUGGAAUUUGGUAAUCUGAGCUGUUUCGGGAUUCUUGUACUAUAUUUGCGAAGGCAGAGGGUUGAGGCACGCUGAUCUCAACCUUGAAAUUCCCCAAACAGGAGGAAAAAUCUACAAGCCCCACCAUAGCAGCUGUUCCAGAUUUUCCAGUGGCAACCUCGUUUUGGUCAUUGGCUCCUGUUAUGUGGUUGAACUUCCCCAGCUGGGUCCCCAUUUGUACGUGUGUAUGUGUCUGUACUAUGUGGUUUCAAGCCUUCUCAUCAGAGAGGUUAGUGUUUUUAUUUCAAACACUAAAUCUUUGUGGAGUGUAAUAAAGUGAGAAAAGUAUAGAGACUUCCUCAAGUAGGAGAAAAGCCCAGUCUGAACUGUGCUGUGAAAGAACCACUUGGAUGAAGCUCUAAAUGACAGCACCCAGCAAAAGUAGAUGAUUUGGAGUGUGAAGACCUGGCGACCUGAGGGCCAACGACCCAUUUCCAUAUCUCCUUACUGUAAAAAGAAAAUAGAGUCUAUUUAAUAGUUCUACUCAGUUCAAGAAAGAUAUGACAUGGUUUACUUUGGAUUUAAUUCCUCUUAAAUUAUUGUAAUAGUCAGCUUCCUGAUUGCAGUUCCUUUUUUGACAACAAACAACCAAAACAAGCAAACAAAACUCACAAAGACUUCAGACUGCCCUUUGUUCCUGCCGCAGAUGGACAAGCUCGUGUUUAAUGUCUGUUUGCUCUCUGUCUAACAUGGCAUAGUUUCAUUCUGCAGUUUCAGGUAUGUGCCAAAGAGUUGCUGUGCAUUCACUCUUUUGUGGUGAGGGCAAGACUUAGUUUUCUUAAAUCUUGCUUGUUUCUUAGGAAUGAACCUCCUGGUGUCUCUUCCAGUCUUUUUUUAAAAGAUGCAUCAGUAGAGGGGUUUAAUAGUUGUGUGUGGGUCAACUUGUAUCUUUUCUGUUGAAUAUUUAUGCUGUUUUUCAAAGAAGUGCCAAUAAAUGGAAAAAUAACUGUUUUGCUGAUUCUGCACUUUGUAAGAGAGGUAACCAUAUUCUUGUUUUCAUCUGUGAUUAAAUGUUUUUAUUUUUAAAUCAGAAUAUCUAUUGCAACCCAGUCUAGUUUACAUGUAAGUUGGCCUUAAAAUCUGCAGCAGACUUCUGUGUUUUCCUCGCGCAACGCUAUCGUAAAGUUCUGUGACAACUCUAGGAAAACCGAAGAAUAAAACCAAACAUUUUCAAAGUA